UCCUCCCCCGCGCGUGCGCAGGGCGGUGCUGUGGCGGCACCCCCCGCCCCAGCCCUCCCCCUCCCGUCGCGGCGCGGAGGAUGCGGGGCUGCAGCUAAGUGGUGCGUUGGCGUGGAGGACGAUGGAGGCACCCCUCGUAAGCCUGGAGGAGGAAUUCGAGGAGGGGCCUGGGGACGAUGGGGGCACCCCGCAACGCGCUGCAGACCCGGCGCUGGCUGAGCUGGAGAGCUUCUCAGCUGAGAUGAUGAGCUUCAAGUCCAUGGAGGACCUGGUGCAGGAGUUCGACGAGAAGCUCACUGUCUGCUUCCGCAACUACGACGCUGCCACCGAGGGUCUGGCCCCUGUGCGGGGGCGUCUCCAGGCGCAGGAGGAGGAGGAGCGCCUCCAGGAUGAGGAGGUCUGGGAUGCUCUCACCGACGGCUUCGCCCCCCGGGGCUCCCCCCGGCCCUGGCUGCUCCCCGGGGCUGAGGCCCCCGACGGCACUGACCCCCAGCUCUGCGAGAAGGAGGAGGAGGAGCUCACUGAGAGGAGUGAGCAAGACUCGGGCAUCAACGAGGAGCCACUGCUGACAGCUGAGCAGGUCAUCGAGGAGCUGGAGGAGCUGAUGCAGAGUUCUCCCGACCCCGAGGCUGAUCCUGAGGGUGAUGAGGACGAGGACGAGGAGGAGGAGGAGGAGGAGGAAACCGAGGCCGAUGCUGAAGGCGAAGGCGGUGGUGGGGGCACGGAGCCCAUCCUUUUGCGCGAGCUGCGUGCUUUCUCCCCUGCCUUCAACAACAACUGCUCCCAUGAAGGGCUGGGCCGGCUGUCAACGCGGGAGCUGGCGGCAGCGGCGGGGCGUGCGGAGGCGGCGAGCCGGGCGCUGUCGGCAGAGCUGGUGGCACAGUUGGCGCGGCGGGACGAGCUGGCCUUCGAGAAGGAGGUGAAGACGGCCUUCAUCGGGGCGCUGCUGGCCGUGCAGGGGGAGCAGCGGGAGCAGCGGGAGGCCGCCCGGCGCCGCCGGCGGGACAAGGGGCUCAGCCUGCAAGGAGGGCGUCUGGAGCGUGGGAACCACAUGCCCCGGAAGCGCUUCAGCAUGGAGGGCAUCUCCAGCAUCCUGCACUCUGGCCUGCGCCAGACUUUCGGCCCCGCCACCAACGAGAAGCAGUACCUGAACACAGUGAUUCCCUACGAGAAGAAGGGGUCGCCACCUUCUGUUGAGGACCUGCAGAUGCUCACCAACAUCCUGUUUGCCAUGAAGGAGGGGAACGAGAAGGUGCCCACUCUGCUCACGGACUACAUCCUCAAAGUGCAACCCUGUGCAUCAUUGUGCACCCUCAUGCAUCACUGUAUGUGUUCAUACGUCAUUGUGCAUACUCGUACCCGUGCACAGUCGUACAUCCUCAUGGAUCCUCAUGCAUCAUCAUGGAUACUCAUGAAUCCCCGUGCACACUUGUGCAUCAUCAUGCAUCCCCGUGCAUACUUGUGCCUCAUCAUGGAUCCUCAUGCAUCCCUGUGCACGCUCAAGCAUCGCCGUGCACCCACGUGCAGCCCCGUACAGCCCCGGUGCACCCUCGUGCACACUGGUGCACACCCGUGACCUCUCUCUUUGCAGUGCUCUGCCCAACCUGAUGCAGCGCUGCCCUCACGCCCCCCACCCCGGCGCCCCCCGAAAACGGGGCCAAACCUGAGGAAAAUGGGUCGCCCGUGCCCCCCCCCCCCCCGCACUCCCCCCACCUUUGCACAGCUGGGAAAUAAAUAAUUCGUUUCAUUAAUUAAG